CUGGUUUGGCUUAAUGGUUAUAGCAUCAGCCCUUGGACCUAAGUGUCUCGGGAACUCGGCACCAUGUGGACCCCAGAUGAGAUUGCUUACCUGUGUUAUGAACACUAUAGGGUCAGGCUGCCCAAGCAGGGGAAACCUGAGCCCAACCGGGAAUGGACAAUACUAGCAGCUGUGGUGAAGAUACAGCCUAUAGCUGACCAAGCCUGUGAGUGCCCUGGCAAACAGGUGCAAGUGACAAAGGAAGUUGUCUCAAUGGGAACAGGAACAAAAUGCAUAGGCCAGUCCAAAAUGAGGAAGAGCGGAGAUAUCCUCAAUGAUAGCCAUGCUGAGGUCAUAGCCAGAAGGAGUUUCCAAAGGUACCUUCUCCAUCAACUUCACUUGGCGGCCACUCUGAAGGAGGAUAGCAUCUUUGUCCCAGGAACUCAGAGAGGACUGUGGAAACUCAGACCAGACCUCUUGUUUUUAUUUUUCUCCAGCCAUACACCCUGCGGGGAUGCCUCCAUCACUCCAAUGUUCGAGUUUGGAGAUCAGCCUUGCUAUCCUGUCAGUAGAGAUUGGGCCCAUGAUCCAUCAGUAGAAGCCAGUGGUAACCUGGAAACUACUGAAGAUAAAAGGAAAUGUGAAGACCCAGACAGUCCUGUGACCAAAAAAAUGAGGCUUGAGCCCAGAACUCCUGACAGAAAAGUCACCAACAGUGUGGUUCACCAUCGGAGUUUUGGCAAUCAGGAAAGUGGUCCAGUCCCACCAAGUGUCAGCAGCUCUAAUCUCACCUCGGAGGAACUGGCCACUAUUGCUAGAAUGGCCCCCAGUGGUGGCAAAGUGGUGGAUGUUUAUAGAACUGGAGCCAAGUGUGUGCCUGGAGAAGCUGGAGACUCGGGGAAGCCUGGUGCUGCAUAUCACCGGGUGGGGCUGCUCCGAGUGAAGCCAGGCCGGGGAGACAGGACUUGCUCCAUGUCCUGCAGUGACAAGUUGGCACGGUGGAAUGUCCUCGGAUGCCAGGGAUCGUUGUUGAUGCACUUCCUAGAAGAGCCCAUCUACCUGUCAGCUGUGGUCAUCGGGAAGUGCCCAUACAGCCAGGAAGCCAUGCAUAGAGCACUAAUUGGGAGAUGUCAGAACAUCUCGGCUUUACCCAGAGGCUUUGAAGUUCAAGAAGUAAAAAUACAGCAGUCAGAUUUACUAUUUGAGCAGAGUCGCUGUGCAGUGCAGGCCAAAAGGGCUGACAGCCCAGGCCAACUUGUUCCUUGUGGUGCAGCCAUCAGCUGGAGUGCAGUUCCUGAGCAGCCAUUGGAUGUCACUGCCAAUGGCUUUCCACAGGGAACAACAAAGAAGGGAAUCAGAAGCCUUCAGGCCAGAUCUCGAAUCAGCAAAGUGGAAUUCUUUAGAUCAUUCCAGAAGCUGCUAAGCGAUAUUUCAGAGGACAAGUGGCCAGACUCUCUCAGGGUGCGGAAGCUAGAGACGUACCAGGAGUACAAGGAGGCUGCAUCUGCUUACCAGGAAGCCUGGAGCACACUUCGGAAGCAGGCAUUUGGAUCCUGGAUCAGAAACCCUCCGGAUUAUCACCAGUUUAAAUGAAAAAAGCAAGUCUGCAAAGAGCUCCCUGGUAGCAAAGUAUUUUCCAGCCCUUCAUGCUAGACCACCUUCUU